UGAUGGAUUAUUUUGAUGAGAAAAAUAGACUGUUUGGAGCAGCUGAGGAAGGAAACACUGGAGGAAGAUGAGUAAAGUGGAAGUGGAGGAGAGCAUCAUGUCGUACCUGUCACAGAGUGAGACUGACAGCAGCCCCAAAGACUUGAAUAUCGUGGCCAUGCUCCAUAACUUUUGGGAGCAGAGGCAGACGGCUCAACUAAAUGGUUCCUCCAGUGAAUCAGAUGGUUCUGUUGGGGACACAGCCACCCAGACAGAGAGCUUGCUGCUGUACGAGUCUGCACCAUGUCCUGGUCCGCCGUAUGUCUGUUAUGUCACCUUGCCUGGAGGAAGCUGCUUUGGUAACUAUAAGGUGUGUGACACUCAGGCCGAGGCUCGGAGGGAUGCAGCUCGCGUCGCUCUGAUGAACUCACUUGUGAACGAGCUGCCAUGUCGACACAUCAACCCUCAGUUCAUCACUCAGAGUUUGCAGCAGGCGGCCACAGACAGUGCUAUCUCCAUAGAAGAUGCAUGUGAUUCAAGCACCAGUAUAGGAACCUACAGUUUGCUGCUCCACUCCUACAUAGGACGGUCCAUGCUGGAGUUCCAGGAGAUGAUGACAAUUUUCCAGUUGUUGCAGUGGAAUGGGACUCUAAAAGCUCUGAGGGAAAGGCAGUGCUCUCGGCAGAGUGUGAUUUCCUAUUACUCUCAGCGAGGACUUGAUGAGUACAUGCGCAGCAGCAUGGCUCUGGAUUGGCUCGGACGGGAGCAGAGGUCACCGGGGCGACUCGGGGAGGAGCUUCAGGUGGCACAGAGGGAGCUGGUGUUGGCCCGUCGUCGCGGCAUUGAGCUGCGCUUCUACAAGGAAAAAACAGAGAUCCUCAGCUUGGCUCUCAGUCAGGCGUACAUUCACCACACACCUGAGGCCUUCAGCGAGGCAUCAAGUCACACAUACAAGCAGGAACAAAUUCCUUUAGACGCAUUAUACAGGCCGGACACAGAAAUCCAGAUAACCCCACCCUGCAGUCCCUCACCAACCCUCCAUAAAAACACAAAGCAAACAGUCUGUCGAACCUCUGGCAAACACAUGCCCUCUUAAA